AUGAAGCUCAUCAUUGGCAUUGGAGGCAUCACCAACGGUGGUAAGACCACACUGACCAACCGCCUCCUCAAGUCAGUGCCCAACUGCUGUGUGAUCCACCAGGAUGACUUCUACAAGCCCCAAGACCAAAUAAGAAUUGGGGAGGACGGCUUCAAACAGUGGGACGUACUGGAGUCGCUGGACAUGGAAGCCAUGCUGAGCACAGUACAGGCCUGGAUCAGGAGCCCCCACAAGUUCGCCCGCGCCCAUGGGGUCAGCGUCCCACCGGAGGCCUCAGACACGCAGAUCCUCAUCCUCGAAGGCUUCCUGCUCUACAGCUACAAGCCCCUGGUGGAUUUGUACAGCAAAAGAUACUUCUUGACCGUUCCGUAUGAGGAGUGCAAACGGAGACGGAGCACCCGCAAGUACACGGUCCCAGACCCCCCGGGCCUCUUUGACGGCCACGUGUGGCCCAUGUACCAGAAGUACAAACAGGAGAUGGAGGCCAAGGGUGUGGAAGUGGUAUACCUGGAUGGCACGAAGUCCCGCGAGGAGCUGUUCUACCAAGUUCUGGAAGACAUUCAGAAUUCGCUCUUGAACCACUCCUAG